CAGAAGCCUCCUUUUUCCUCAGGGCUAGCUCUACAUAGCCCAUGAAGCAGGCAUGUCAGUUCCCUGAGGUCCAACUGUCUAUUUGUCAGCGGAUGCCCAGGACUCACAAGAUCUCUCAGGGGAGCGCAUGUGAGUGGGUGCUGAGUUCGAAGUACAUUGGGUGAAUCAUUCUUUCUGUUGCUCUCUACACGGCCUGAAGCAAUAAUUGCUUCACUUCCUCCUCCUCCUCAAACCUCUCCACAGGCCCCAUCUUAGAGUGGGUUCAGCAACAACUUCUGCUUUCUUUGUCAAACCACCGAUAAGGCCAUCCCUUGUUGACAAGAAAGGUACGGCGGAGUGGGGGAAAAAAUUGCCUUGUUAUGGUUUAGGCUUUUGAAAUGGAUCCCAAGCAUUUCAUCCUAAUGCUCUUCUGUGGCUACUUGACAAACACAAGUCUAACAGAAACACAGGCAUACUCAACAGUCUCACCUCAGACGACUCCUUUUAAAUCAUCAAUAUCAGAUACAUCAGCUAAUUUUGGAAAUGGAACAGAGAACCCUCUCAGUCAACCAUUACAAUUGAUCAACACUCCUUCAGGACUACCACCACCAUCACCCACCUCCCAGACCUCUGGGCAACCACCAAUUUCACCUGUCCCUGGAUCCUCUGGACAACUACCAGCAUCAGCUGUUCUCACUUCCUCUGGACAACCACCAUUAUCAUCCAUCCCCAAGUCUUCUGGUCAAACACCAGUGUCACCUGUCCCCAAGCCCUCCAGUCAGCCAAUAGCAUCACUUGUCUUCAAUUCCACAAGGCAACCACCAGAAUCACCCACCCAUAACUCCUCCAGUCAAUCACCAGGACCACCAGCCCUCAACUCCUCCAGUCAAUCACCAGCAUCAUCUGUCCCCAACUCCACUAGGCAAUCACCAGCAUCAUCUGGCCCCAGCUCCACCAGGCAACCACCUGUAACAACAGUCCACAGCUCCUCCAAGAAACCACCAGCAUCUUCAUUUGGCCCCAGCUCCACUAGGCAGUCAGCAUCAACAGUCGUUACUCCAGAAUUCUACGAAGAAAAGAAUAACAAUCCCCCCCAAACAAAACCUCAAAGCUCUACAGCCAAUUCAAUAGCUGGUGUGUUGAUUGGUACAAUUCUAACUUCUAUGAUCGUCACUAUAUUUAUGAUUGUACUCUGGAAAUGCUUUAGAAAACCAAUCCUCAAUGACCAAAACUGGGCUGGCCGGUCUCCCUUUGCCGAUGGAGUAACUCCAGAUAUGUCUAUGGACUAUAGCACAGAAAAUGGAAAAUCCAUAAAACGUUCAUCAAUUGUUUCACUCGAGAUAUGGAAACCAAACAAAAGCAUGCUCUUAGCAGAUGACCUGGAUGUUAAAUUGUUUGACUCAAGUGAAAAUCUUGAUGAAUGUCCUAAGUCAGAUGUGGAGAAAAUGAAAGACCACCCAAAUGGGACAUCAGACGAGAGUGCUGACGGAUCGACAGUUGGCACUGCUAUUUCUUCUUCAGAGGAGACGGAAGUGACUCCAGCUCCUCCUCUUCUUGACUUAGAUGGGCCAGAAAAUCAGAAGCCUGACUCAUCUAACUCACUUGAAAAUGAUUUCUCUCAUCUACCGCCUCCUCUGGACUGUCUCGACUCUGCGGGCGGGCAGCCAAUUCCUCCUCUCUCUGACCCUUCCCAGCUGCCCCCUCCUCCAGAAGCACUCCUCAAAGACCAGGAGGAAUACAGCUCAGAAGUUCAGAAUGCAGCUUCCCCCGCAUUACAGACCCAGUGUCCUACUCCUGAUGACUCUAGUCAACAGGCUUUGGAUGAGUCACUGCCGCCACCACCUGCAGAGUUAUCAUAAACGAUCACAGCUUGCUGAUGGGAAGACUUUUACAAAAGAUUAGCUUUAUUUUUUCCCCUUUCAAUGAUGGGGAAAAUGAACUGCCACCCAACUUAGACUUCCAUUCAAACUGCUUAAAACUCUCUUAAAUUCAUGUAAAUAUUAAAAAGUGCUUCCCCUGGAGUAGGAAGUCUUGUCAGACACUUGACUAUUUGCUGAGUUUGGCACAGUAUCUAACUGCUAAAUUUCAAAGCACAGAAAAUAUCUGCUUAAUGUUUAAAGUUAACAGAUAGCUCUCUGCUCAGGAGUUUUACAAGCCAGUUGUCCCCUUUACAGUAAUAAAAGAGGGCCUGUAACAACAAGGAGUUGUACUAAAUUUCUUAGAAGUUAUAAUCCAUAAAAUGUCAUCAUUUUCUAAGAUGUUUAUAUCCAUUUCUUCAAUUGAAUUAAAACAUUUUAAAUGUA